AUGACCACGAGAAACGAGGAUCAAGUGCCGUCCGAGCACCAUGUUCAUAGGGUCGGCGAAUGGUUGCCAGGUGACCACCGGGUACAACAGCAAUGGCUCGGCCAGAUUGCAGCACAUGUCGAUGCAAAUCCUAAAGACUUACAUCCCGUCCUCAAAGAAUUCAAAUCACUCAUCGACAACAGCACACGCAUCCGCAUGCUGUUUGAACAGAUGUUCGACCAAGUACCCCAGAAAAAACCAUAUCACGAUACCCCAACAGGCCACCCUCAGAUUCGUGACUACCAUCAUAUGAUACAGAUCUUGAACCACAUCCUGACCACGGCACCUUCCUGGCAUGAUAAGUCUUUCCGCGUUGGUUUUGUUGGCUUGCCCAUCAAUGCAAUACUGGACUGGCCGAUGGGUACGCCCAGUGGCUACGCAGUGUUUCUGGAUCCGCAAGUCAAUGCAGUGCUGAAAAAGGUGCUUAAUGCAUGGGGAGAAUUCCUCCAGUCGCCUGCCUCAGCACACGUGUUGGACAGUUCAGACAGUAGUUGGUUCAGCGAUCACGGCGUUAGUUCUUUAGCACACACAGCAAAUGUCGGAAAAUCUUCAUGGUCCUUUGAAGAGCUCUUUAAUUGUGACUCAUCCGCUCCACACUAUGGUUUCAAGUCUUGGGACGAUUUCUUUACCAGGACCUUCAAAGAAGGAAUUCGACCUGUUGCUGAACCGGAAAAUCCUCUAGUUAUUGCAAACGCUUGUGAAUCCAGACCUUUCAAAGUCGCCUCAAAUGUGAAAUCUCAGGAUAAAUUUUGGCUCAAGGGCCAGCCGUACUCUGUCGGGGAUAUACUGGCAGAUGCUUCUCUGGGCAAGGAAUUUGAAGGCGGCACCAUUUACCAAGCCUUCCUUAGUGCGCUUAGCUAUCACCGAUGGCAUGCACCGGUUACUGGCAGAAUUAAGAAAGCCUAUGUCAUAGAUGGAACCUACUAUUCUGAACCGCUUUUUGAAGGAUUGGGCGACCCGGAAAAGAAAGAUUCAAUAGAUAUGGGAGGGGAGUCGACUAGUCAGGGUUAUCUGACUCAAGUGGCCACUCGAGCGGUGAUUCUGAUUGAGGCCGACGAGCCAAGGAUAGGACUCAUGGCUUUCGUUGGAGUGGGUAUGGCUGAAGUAUCUACUUGCGACAUCACUGUCAAAGAAGGAUCCCGGGUUGAGAAAGGUGAUGAAAUUGGAAUGUUCCACUUUGGUGGCUCAACACACUGUCUUUUGUUUAGGCCUGGAGUCAAUGUCAGUGGAUUUCCUCCUACAGGAAGCGAGCACAAUGUCCCAGUGCGAAGUAAGCUAGCUGUCGUGUCUUAG